AUGGUGCCAUUAGCGCAUGCAGAGCAGAGGGAGAUGAGGAAGAGCCCACAGGUGCCAAGGAAAACACCCAGCCCCGGGACCAGGACUGGGAGAACGAGGAAGGAUCCAACCUUCCUCCCGCCCGCCGCCAACUCGACAACCGACGACAUCGCAAUCGCCAACCGAGACGACUUACGACGGAAUCAGGUAGGUCGCGAAGUGCGAUCACUCGAUCAAGUCCACCGCCGGACUCUUCGACGCCCUUUCCGACUGUCCAAGGCGCCCUUUUCCCGCCCGCGCGACCGUCGGUCGGCCAUGACCUGCCGCAUUUUCGCAUAA